AUGGAGUUUUAUUUGGAAAUUGACCCAGUGACUCUGAACUUAAUUAUUCUGGUAGCCAGUUAUGUCAUUCUCUUGCUGGUUUUCCUUAUCUCCUGUGUGUUGUAUGACUGCCGGGGAAGGGAUCCCAGUAAGGAGUAUGCUCCGGAGACAGUGCCAGAAAACAGGGCACCUAUUCGCUUGGUGGUAAUGCAGCAAAGUGCUACUUGGGGAAAGGCCUACGAGCACAGGACUGAUAUGCUAGAGAAGAAAAUAACAGUGGUCUGA